AAAAGGAAUUGUAGGAAAUAUAAACAAGUAACGAUAUCCCCCCCUUAUUAUAGCGAAGUAUAUACGCCACUGAAACCUGCUGAUACUCUUGAUUGUGUGCAACCAAAAUAGUUUAAAAACGAAAUUGAAGAAUAUGAUAAUCUGAAUAUUGAAUAUGCAUAAACAGAAGUAACGAGCUAAUUUAGAGCUAAGCGCCGAUAAUCAGAGCGCAUAUUCUUUUUCUUUAAAUGUGAUUUAUUAAUUGUUUCGGUCUCUUAUUUGGGCCAUCAUCGGUAGCUGUCAAAAUAAUUUAUUUGCAUAUUUUUCAUAACAUACGCAUAUAUACAUAAAAUGCCUACUCGUUGCGUUGCUAUUGGAUGUAGAAACACCGCUAGUCCCAGUGGAAAAACUGCAGCGCAAAUGAAAUUCGAGAAAGUAAUGAAAAUAACGUUUCACUCAUUUCCUUCCGAUCCUAUUAGAAGAGCAGAAUGGAUAAGAAUAAUGAAACUUGAAGACAAAAAUAUUACUACUAGAAGUCGUCUUUGCUCUCUUCACUUUAAGGAAAAAUAUAUAGAUCGUACAUCUUUAGUAUAUGUAAGAUUGAGAGAAAACGCCAUUCCACAUAUAUUUGAGGAAACAUUGUGUGACGAUAUUGAAACAACUAUAAAAUGUGAAAGAGAUACGUUACCUGCACAAUCAGUUAAAACAACAAUUUUGACUGAGCCUUUAAAUAUAAAGAUGGAGAUGGAUGAUAGUUUUAAACAAGAUUCUGUUAUCCAUUCAGUAUGUGACAAAGAAACAAAUACAUUGCCUUCCUUACCACGAGAAGCGCGAAAAUCAACUGAGGACAAGGAAACAAGAAUUUCACCUGAAAGAAUAUGGAAUAUGAAUUUCUCCAAUAUGGAAACAAUUAGACAAGAAAGAUGGACAGAAAUUAAAAGUUUACGUAAACAAAUACAAGUUUUACAGAAGAAAGUCUGGCAAAAACAUAAGAAAAUUGCAAUUAUGAAAACUAUUUUGGAUGAAUUAAAAGUAGAAUAUUUAAUCAGUGAUUAACACAAAGUCUCUUUCUCCAUUUCUUUCUUUCUAAUAAUACAGAAUAUUUCACAUAUAAAAUUAACUUUCUCCAAUAUGUUUUAAAACUCAUUUAAAUAUAUAUUUUAUUAAUUUUGAAUUAUAUAUAACAUUUUUUGCUACUCUGUAAUACAUUUAUAAAAUAUUGAGAAAAGAAAGAUGUAGGAGUAUAGAGAUGUAGGAAGAAUAUAGUGCAUAUUUGUAUUUUAUGCACUGUCUUGUAUAUAAAAUAUUUCUAUAAAUGUUUUUGUCACAAAGUGAGAGAGUUGAAGCAUUAAAAAUAUUGAAACUUGUGUAUAUAUAUAAUACGUAUUGCCUUUUAUUCUACUUCAAUGAUCUAAUUGCAAAUACCUAUGGAGACAUAAUAAAAAUAAUAUGAAAAUUUAGUAUUAUCUUUAAAUUUCCAAAUAAAAAAUUAAAUCACUAUCAUCAUAUUAAUUUAUUUCUUUAAUAUAUAAGUUCUUUUUCUUUUGCUAUAUUGGAAUAACAGUUGAGCAAAUAUGAAAUAUGCAAUAGGCAUUUCGUGACAUUGAAAACAUUUUAUUCAGUCAGUAAGAAGCAUUCUACAUGAUGAUAAUAAUAAUCAUAGUAUAAUCCGUGAUAAUAAUAAUAAUAAUUAAUAAUCAUAAUUCAUUCGUAAUAACCACAAUUUGUAAAUGUACAAGAUCUUUCUCUCUCUCUCUCUCUCACUUUAUUUUUCUCUCGCUCUUCUUUCUCGCAACUAUUUCUCUCGCUCACAUACGUUGAGAAUUGUCAUUUAUAUAGUAUACACAAAAUUACAGAGAGAUAAAUUCACCAAUAUGUAAAUUAAACAUCGUACUCUCUCUCUCUUCAAAGACUAUGAAUGUAGUCAAUAAAUCAUCCCUAUCAUCAUCUCGUCUCUGCUGCAAAGAUACUUUUCUUCUUAAUACUUUUCUUUCUUUCAUUUUUUUUUCAGUUCGGCAUUCGGCAGCGUUGUUGGAUUUGAAGGACUACUUCUUUUAAAAAUCCGCAGCGGCAACGCUCUCACACAAUACACUUUUCUAAUACAUUUGUACAUUUGUAGGUCCGUCUCUCUUUUAAUCCUGAGAAACACAGUGUGGAUCUUCGAGUGCACAAAAUCGAUCACUGAACUUUGCAUGUCGGUUUCUUUCCCAGCUAUAUAUAUUGUAUCAUCACUCUCUCUCUUUUGUACUGAAACAGACUUGUGGAAUGGACAAAGGAAUUUAAAUAUUAGUUGCAUUCUUCUAUACAGAAUCAACAGAUGGAAAUACGAAUUUUCACGGAAUUCCUUGUUAACAAAAUUAAUAAAACUCUCUUUACUCUCGUGUCUCUCAGGAUUAUCAUAGAUAGGCGAGAAUUCAUACUCAAGACGAAUAAAUAUCUAUUUAAGUGCAUCUCUCGACGAAGCGUCAAGCGAUGGAGAUUUUGCGGUCCCGUAAAAAAUAACGUCGGUGGCCGGUACGUGUAAAAAAAAAAAAAAAAAA